UUUGCGAUGCGCGCGCCGAUGCGUGACGUGCGCGCUGCGUUAUUUUUUUCGGAUCGAUUAUGCGAUUAUUGGAAUUUUUAUCGACUGACGGAUAGACAGUUAUCUAACUCUUGUUUUGUUUGUUAUUGUUUGUUAUUUUGCGCUUUUUUAAAAUUUUUAUAUCAAAAUUUGACGUUUAUCAAUAGUAUAAGACAAACGACCAUUUUCAGCAGUCAAAUUUGCGCUUGCAUGCAGCUGUUAAAAUCACUGUCUAUCUUUGUAUUCCUAUUUUCCUUUGUUUUCUCGAUUAAAAAUACAAACAAGUAGAUAAUAUAUAAAUGUCUUAUAUUUAAUUUAAUACUGCAAUAAUUGAAUACAGUUAACUGUUUGCGUACAAAUAAACAUAUUCUAAAAAUAAGGCACUACGCACAAAUAAUGUUUCGUCAUUCUCACAAAUCAGUUGCGUCACGUGGACGGUGGACCCUGUCCGCGGGGCAUCAGUUCGCUCGCAAACGUCUAGCAGACGCUUAGGUUAUGCUGGCAGCCAAAAACAGUGAUUGCAAUCAAGUUUCGUCAAAUUCGAAUUUAAGAACAAGUCGUUCGAAACACAGAAAAGCCAAAAAAUGUUCUUAUCGCGAAGAGUUCUGAGCCUGGGCUUGAGGAUGACGUUGAAGCACCUGCAGGACAACGUGACCACGAUGCAGAACCUGCGAAAGCCCUCGAUUUUCACGAUCCAGCACAAUAACUUAUCUUUGUCCAGAAGAAUAUGGGCAGAAGCCAACAAUCAACCAGCACUGGAAGAAGAGAAGAAGGAGGAAGAGCCAGAGAAACAGCAAUUGGGUACGAUAGAAGGAAAGUUACAGCUAGCCUUUACUUGCAAAAAGUGCAACACUCGCAACAACAAGAUCAUAUCGAAGCAUGCCUAUCAGAAGGGUGUUGUCAUCAUUCGCUGCGAUGGAUGCAAGAACAAUCACCUGAUCGCUGACAACUUGGGAUGGUUCGAACCUGGUGGUACCAGGAACAUCGAGAGUAUCCUGAAGAAAAAGGGAGAAACUGUGAGGAGGAUACGGAACGGAUACGAUGGCUACUUUGAGGCUGUUGCUAAUGAAGAGGUCUUGAGGAUUCAGAGGCAGAUGAAGGAGGCACGGUCUGAAGAUGGAGUUAAGCUGGUUGAAGAGGUUGAGGAAGUUGUCAAAGUGAAGUACGAGAAAGUUGGAGAACCAAAAAAUUAGAUAUAGAAUUAGAUUGUAUGUUUUGUUGUAUAAAAAUUUAUUUUAUAUUUUUGUUACAUAGGUACGAAUGUUUUCUUUUCACUUUGUAAAUAUACAAAUAAAAUAAGGUUCUUGUAUAAAAAACGCUGUUUUUGACACAUUAGUCAGACAAGCUCAGCUAGAACUUACAUAAUGAAUUUCACUCACUGAAAGUACUGUAAAUGCAAUGUUGUAGAACUUUUUUAUUAAAAGCUAAGGUUUUAAUAAAAUUUUUAGAAUCUUAACGCAUUUGUUUAAGGAUUUGCAAUUUAAAAUAAAAAUUCUAUUUUAAUAAAACGAAUAUUAUAAAAAUUAUUUCAGCCACAAUUCAUUUAUGGUUUUUUUGAGCAAUGAAAAAAAGCUGAACAGUUGUGAUGCGCUACAUUUGAUAAAUGUUAAAGCUAAUAAUUCUGAAUAAGCUAAAAUUAUUGGUCCUGCAAAACUUGUCCUUCCCUACAAAAUUACAAGGCACACAAGAGACUAUCAGCAUUGAUUGUUUACUUGCUAAAAAUUUCAAACUAUACUUUUGAUUUUCUUUAUGGCAAACCACAAGUUACAAAAAUUUCUCGUUUAUGCUUAUAGUCUCGUACAUCAUUCUUUGGUCGCUCUUAUACAUAUCACGUUUAGACACUUUAGGUACCUCAUAACCUACACUUUAAGUAUGAAA